CUCUAUUAUAAACAAAACAAAAGCACGUGGAACCGGGCUGCCUCUUUUAAUUUUCUAAUUUUCAUAAUUUUAUUAAUAGAACUAUGGAAUUAUUUACAGUAAAUCGUUACAACGACCAGGCAAAGUCGACGAAUGAAGAUGAAAUUCUACAAAAACUAUUACAAAAGGCUGAGAAACGUAAACGAAAACAUAAAGCCGUAGAAGAAGAGAAACUGGACAAGGAGCCACAGACAACGGAGCAUACAAUCGUAGCCGAGGAACUUCAGGAGGAGAAGGAGCAUCAGAAAGAAAAUGAUGAGCCCCUGCAAAGCGAAUCAUUGGCAGAGGAAGAGACACCCCCUUCAAAUGAUUUUCAAGUACUGGGAGCUGAAGCCUUGGCAGCCGCAGCCAAACGCCAAAAAGUGGAAUUAGUCUUACCGAAUUGGCUGGCUCAUCCCACUCUCAUUGAAGGCAAUUUGCAGCUAGAAGAGCAGGCCGAAAAUGAGACAGAGUCGGUUUCGGCCCUGCAACAGUUAGGCUAUUUAAAGUCUUUCACACGACAAGCCCUGAAACAAAUGAAGAUAAAACGCCCAUUUCCCGUCCAACGGGCAGUCAUACCAUGGAUUUUGGAGGCUCAUGCCAAACCAGAGCCUUUCCGUCCGCGCGAUAUUUGUGUUUCAGCACCCACAGGAAGCGGCAAGACUCUGGCCUUUGCCAUACCCAUUGUUCAAUUACUGAGCCAGCGUGUGGAGUGUAAAGUUCGAGCUUUGGUGGUGUUGCCAGUGGCGGAAUUGGCUCUACAGGUCUACAAAGUGAUUAGCUCAUUGUGCAGCAAAACUGAGCUUGAAGUCUGCCUUUUGUCCAAACAACAUCGCCUAGAGGAUGAGCAGGAAAAGCUGUUGGAACUGUACAAGGGCAAAUACUACUCUAAGGUGGAUAUUGUAGUGACCACACCAGGUCGCCUUGUGGAUCAUCUCCAUGCCACAAAGGGUUUCUGUUUAAAGUCUCUUCAAUUUCUGGUCAUAGACGAAGCGGAUCGUAUUAUGGAUGCAGUUUUUCAAAAUUGGUUGUAUCAUUUGGAUACACAUGUACGGGAGACCACCGAUCAGCUACUGUCUGGCACACAGGCGCCCCUCUGCUAUGCCGAGCUGCUGUCCAGCUUUGGCAAACAACCGCACAAGUUACUUUUCUCGGCCACCCUCUCACAAGAUCCGGAGAAAUUACAGAAUUUGCGUCUCUUUCAACCAAAAUUGUUUACCACUGUACUAAAUCUGCCCGUUUUCCAACUGAACGAAGGAAAGACGGAUUCAGUACAGGAUCAAAUCGUUGGCAAAUAUACGACACCGGCUGAGCUAACCGAACAAUAUUGUGUGACGGAAAUGCGGCUGAAACCUUUGACGCUAUUCGCCCUGAUCCAGCAAUAUAAAUGGAAGCGUUUUCUUUGCUUUAGCAAUAGUGCCGACACGGCUAAUCGCUUGGCCUUUGUGUUGAAAAUACUUUUCCAGUCAUACGACAUUACAGUCGAAGAGCUUUCUGGCAAUAUGUCGGCCCUGGAGCGGUCUACUACUCUAAACAACUUUGCAAGAGGUAAAAUUAAUGGCCUAAUUUGUUCCGAUGCUUUGGCUCGUGGCAUAGAUGUAGCUGAUGUGGAUAUUGUUAUAUCAUACGAGGCUGCACGUCACAUCAAAACCUAUAUACAUCGUGUCGGUCGAACAGCUCGUGCCGGCAAAUUGGGCACAGCCGUGACUCUGCUCAGUGAUCAGGAUCUCGAUCAGUUCAAAAAGAUGCUUCUUGAUGCUGGCAAAGCCAUGGGUGAUGAGAUCAGUGUCUCUACCGACUUUGAAGUGGAACAUGCCAACCUAUAUUCGACUGCAAUGAGUGCAUUGAAAGACCAACAAAGUCUUGAAAAGUCCAAGAAGGCAAUUACGAAACGUCGCCUUGCUCAUCAUGCCAAAUUGCAUAAGGAGAUGGAGCACAAGGAUCAGCGUACUCUAACUCUUAUGGAGAAAUUGCAAUUGAAAACAAUAUCUGAUAUAAAGAAACCAGGAGAAAAGGUGCAUAAAAUCGACAAGUCAUUGCAAGGUGUCACCAAACCCAAGGAAACAAAGAGGAAACGUCAAGCCAAAAUAUUUAAAGCCAUCGAGAAGUAAUAGCAAUGUUUUUUUUUCCCUAUUUUUUUUUUUGAAUGUAAAUAUAAUUAGAUUUUAAAUAAACCUACGCUAUAUAUGUCCGUAUGUAUAUAAACAUCUAUAUACAAUAUAUAUUUAGUAUAUAUAUAAAUAAAUGUUUCUGUUUGCUGUCUUAUCACUGUGA